UAUUUCAUUCAAAUUCAUGUUGUAUUUUUCUCACGAAAAGGACGAUGGAUUCUAUGAAACAGAAAUACCAACAGUAAUUUCAUACCCGUGUGGAACUAUAUGCAAAUUGGGUCUGGAGUCAAUAUUACAUGAUUAAACCAUUCGAAAAUGAAAAUGGACGUGGAAGAUGAAGAUGAGUAUAUCGAAAGCACAUGGAUGUACAUUACGUUGUGCGGUGAACCAACUAUAUAUGAAGGAUUAAAAUUCGCAAAAGAUUUAAUCAUAGCAAACCUCAUCUUACGGUUUAUCAUACAAUUUGUAUCGUUGCCUCAUAAUGUGCGCCACAGUUUAUCUUUAAUUAUAGGAAGCUUUCUUCUUUACUACAGCAUUGGCCCGGCAUUCUUCUGGACAGUGGGUCUAACGUCUGGUUCUUACUUGUCAAUAAUUAUGAUAUCUUUUUUAACAAAAAAAUGGAGAGGUUUAAUAACAGGUACAUUAGUGAUUUCAUUUCUUUUGUGUUGUGAAGUUUAUAUAGUUAACCCUAAAAUGUGGCAACAAAUAAGGGGAGUUCAGAUGAUAGCAGCUAUGAAAAUAAUAUCUGUGGCAAUUGAAUUGGAUAGAGAUUUAUUCAAGCAAAUGAUCAAUCCUAUUGAAUUUGGUGGCUACUUGUUAUGUCCUGCAAAUAGUAUUUUAGGUCCCUGGAUAUCAUAUCAUUCUUAUAGUCAAUAUUUAGAUGUAAAAUUUCUAAGUAGAAGAUGGUUUAAAUUGAUUAUAUUUUAUCUUUCAAUGUCUAUGUUAUUUUUAGUGUUGUCAAAUUGUAUAGUCCCAUGGUACAUAGAUGAACACACCUCAAAAUGGUUAAUAGCCUACCGUGAUGCACAAGCUUUUAGAAUGUCACACUAUUUUAUAUCAAGUAUGUCUGUUGUUUCUAUGAUCAGUGCAGGCUUUGGUUUGACAAAUGAUUGUCAUUCUGAACUCCACAUUACAAAACCAUUUUUCAUUGAGUUGCCCAGAUCUUUAGUACAAGUAGUUAUAUAUUGGAAUAUACCUAUGCAUCAAUGGUUAAAAAACUACAUAUUUAAAACAUGUCAGGGCUAUGGCCAGUUCACAGCUAUACUUGUUACUUAUGUUGUUUCUUCAUUGCUACAUGGAUGGAAUUUCCAAUUUUCAGCAGUGCUUUUGAGCAUAGGGACUUUUUCAUAUGUAGAAUAUAAUUUUAGAUACAAAGUAGCAUCUGCAUUAGAAAUAUGCUGUUUGUCAAAUCCUUGUUUAAAACAAUGUGAUCAUAAAUAUAAAAAAAAUAGUUUACUAGCAAUUAUUGUAAAUACAGUGUUUUCUCUUAUCACCAUUAUUCACCUUGCAUACUUGGGAGUUAUGUUUGAAGCAUCAUUUACAGUACAAGAGUCUGGCUAUUCAUAUUACCACACUAUAAGUAAAUGGGAGAAUCUAAAUUAUUUUAGCCAUGGUUUCACUGUCUUUAUGUAUGUUAUUUAUAUUAUGAUGUGAUUACAGUAUUAAAAUUUUGUAUAUAAGGAAUUGAUCUCAGUAUUUUGAAGUAUUUUUUUCAUAAGUACAUAAGUUGUAAAAUUAUAAUUGUAACACAUCUAUUUUAUCAUCAUAGCUCAUGCAACCAUGUUGUAUAAAUUAUUUGCACUUUUACCUUUAUACAAAGUUUUUUAAGGAUAAAUCCAAAGAAAUUAUUGUAUUUUUAUUAAGUACAUUUAAUUACAUUUAUUAACAAAAACUAUUAGACCAUGCCCCAUUUCUCUGCUGUGCUCUGCCAAUGGAUCAAUGCAGAACAAUGUAGAAUGUAUGAAGUUUAUAUUUAUGUCGAUGUCAAAACCUAUAGAAAAUAAUGUUGCACAACAGGAGCUACAAUGUGCCUCAUUGUCACAAUGGAGACACACAUCUGAGAGCAAUGGGACAUGGCUGUUAGCAUUAUAUAUGUUAAUACUACAUUAGGAUUUUUUUAGCAGACUAAGCAAAUCAUACAACUUAGUACUUAUGUUACAAAAGUUUUUUUUGCUUCAUUAAUAUUCCAUAAGAUAUUGUGAGUUAAAGCAAAAAAUAGUAUUUAGGUUAUUUAUUAAUUAAACAUCAUUUAGCUAAAUUGUAAUAGGUAUGUUUAUUAAUUUCAUGAAUACAUUUAUGAUAUCCAAUUCAAAGAAUGAUUGUCUGUUAUAUUAAAAUAUUUUGUGUAGUGAGAGUCAAAAUUA